AGUGACCCUUCUCGUCUUGGGGCUGGACAACGCGGGGAAAACCUCCGUCAUCAUGGACAUAGAGAGAGCACUGGCCGGCGAGGUGCUGCCCGCGCCGCAGCCCAGCCAGACCCGCCUGCGGGUGGACAGGUUCGAGGUGACGCUGGUGGACCUGCCUGGUGGCCAGCGCUCCCGCAGCGCCUGGCGCAGCCACUACAGCUCGGCCCACGGGCUCCUCUUCGUCCUGGACUCCAGUGACUUGGCACGGAUGGAGGAGGCCCGCAAGGUCCUGAGCCGCGUCCUGAGCAACCCCGAUGUCUCCGGGAAGCCCAUCUUGCUGCUGGCCAACAAGCAAGACGCGGCGGCCGCCCUGCUGCCCUGCGAGCUGAUCGAGCGCCUGUCCCUGGAGCGGCUGGUCAACGAGAACCGCUCGCCCUGCCGCAUCGAGCCCUGUGUCGCCAAGCGGGGCCACCCCGCCGGUCCCGCCCGGGCCACCCUGCAGGGGCUGCGCUGGCUCCUCCGCACUGCCCCCGCCGCACCGCCCCCGCCGCCCGCCGCCGCUCCGCCGCCCGCUGCCGGUCCCCGGGCAGCCCGCGCCCGCCCGCCCGCUCGCAGGGACCCGCUGCCCCCCGGGGAGGAUGCCCGAGACGGUGCGGGGAAGACGGGGGAGAACCGUCCGCUGCGGCCCAUCCGCCGCCUCCUCCCCUUGGAGGAGGGCACAAAGGGCCCCGGGAGGAGGAAGAGGAAGAUGAAGGUGAAGAAGAAGGGCUCGGGGCAGCCAAGCCUAGCUGAGGACCUGGAGGCACCAGGAGGAGUGGGUGACAGCCGAGCCGGGGCUGCUGGGGGGCUGCUGCCCCCCAACAGGGUCGGGCAGGAGGAGCCCACACCCACCGGGACAGCCACCCCCCGCCCAGUGCAGGGCAUGAAAAAGAAAAAGAAGAAGAAAAUCAAGAAUAAAAUCAAGUCGCAGGAACCUGCUGUGGAGCAGCAGCAUGAGGAGGUCUCCAGCACUUUUGACUUGUACCGCCGGGCGAUGCUGGCUUUGAAGAUGAGGCAGGAGCAGAGAAAGCAGCAGUCCACCAUCGUCCCCUGAGCAGGAAGGCACGUCCCAGGGGAUGCGUGGUCCCAGGGGACCCCAGACUUGCAGUGGCAGUGGGACCCACGCUGCCACAGGGUUCCUGCAGUGCUUGGCCAGGGCUGGCAGUCCUGGGGCGUGAACAGCAUCGUUGUCCUCUGCAUGGCUUGAAAACCAGGGAUCCGCAGGAGCGAGCCAAAAGUCCCUUUGUAAGAUGCCUCUCUGGCAGCUGGGCUACAAACCCAUCUGAAAAGGAAACAGCUGGCCACUGGCCGACCCCGUGUUAGUAUUCCAUGGAAGGCUUGUUCUGAAUCUGCCUGAGACAGUGGAAGAGAGGAAGAUCGGAGGGAACAUCCCAGGGGAAAAGCCUGUUUCUUGAAUUGACCUGUGCCCAGGCAAAGCUGCCUUUGCAGGUCAGGGGCUGACUCGGCCCCUCAGUCAGUCCCUGGCUGCUGCCUGGACCAGUGGGGUUUCCUGCUGGAGAAGGUGGGAGGGCCGUGACGGAUGGUCUGCAGGGGAGCUUCACCUGCCCCCGGCCGCGUCUGGUAGGGCUGUCAGGACCCCCCUGGCACGGUGGAGGGGGUGAUGCCCAUAUUGUCUGUGCCUCUUUGCAACCUGCCAGCAAAGGCUUGCGUAGUUCAAUGGCAGAUGACUUGUGGUGGAGGCCACUGGAGGCUCCUUCCCAGGAAGGGAAUGUUCCUGCCAUCCUCCCAGGGCAGGACAGUGGUGACCCACAGGCAGCGCAAAAUGCUCCCGGGUCACUGAGAGCACCUGGAGUCCAGGGCAGUCCACGAUCUGUGCUUGGCUCAGCUCUGAGACAGAGAGCGAGCAGCGUCCACAUCCCGACACAACCUAUCCUCAACACACGCCGUGUCUGGCAGAGCUGGGCUGCCGUGGGGAUGGGGCCAUGCCGGAGGGCUCGUGCUGCCAGCUCCGGCUGGGUGCAGGUGCAGAGAAACCAGCCAUCGGCCCUGGAAACACUUCAUGGGAAGGCAGGAGUGCAGCAGUUUUCCUUCCAUGGCUGCAGCAGCACUGGGACUUGAACUGUUCUGGGUAGGAGAGCGUGAGUCACCUCAGCUCCCCUGAUUACUGAUUAACAGGAGGGGCUUUCCCACUCCCGGGGAGGAAAAUCACUGAAGCCCUUCCCUCGGCAGGGCUGAGGAGGGAAAAGAAGAGAAACUCCGGCGACUCUGCCAUGCCAGUCGGCUGUAAAUCUCUGACUGACUGAUUCAGCUGUCUGUGACU